UUAGAAAACAAAAUCGAUGUUAGGCCAAGAAAACCAAUCGAUAUUUGCAGUUCGAUGUAUCGCUUGAGUGUUAUCGAUGUUGUGCCGGCUCUAUUGCAAUCUGCUAAAAUAAUUUGUGCGCUUCAAAUACCGCACAAGCUAAGCAGGUGCAACCACAACAACAACAACAACAACAAAGAAAUGGACAGUGAAAGUGGCGGCAGCAUGGAUAUCGAUGGGGCAACAAGCGGCACGUACAACAACACUGCAACCGCAACAACAGCAGCAGCAGCAACAACAACAACAACAGCACACCGGACACAUGAUGGCAAUAAUAGUGAUUGUGAGUCGGAUGAAGAGUGGCACUGGCGCUGCCAGCCCAUCGAAGCGGUGCAACGUGGCCUGCAGCCCUACGAACUGGAUCAUGUGGCACCCGUUUCGCCUAGUGCCGGACACAAGGUGUUGCAUCGGCAUCCGAUACGUGAGUCGCCAACGAAGCCGCCACGCCCCUUUCGUGGGACACACAAAUGGGAUGCGAAGCAUGUGCGUCUGCCGUGUGCGCCCGAAAGUAAAUAUCCCGUGGAAACGGACGACGGCAGCUCCGACAUCGAGUCACGUUGGGCGAUGAUUGGACGCGCCUUGUUGCGUCCGAUAAACAACAGCAAACAGUUGCAGGCGGCGAUACUCUCGUACAACAGCACCUACAAAGGCCAAUGGGGCUUUGGGGCGUUGCACAAGCUCUUCGACGACGAGCUGGACGAGAGCGAGACGCGUGUCUUCUUCGAGGAUCUGUUGCCGCGCAUCAUACGUCUGGCAUUGCGACUGCCGGAGCUGUUGCAGGCCUCGAUUCCGCUGCUGAAGCAACAGCAUAGCUGUGCAUUGACGCUGACCCAGGAGCAGAUCUCGUGCCUGCUGGCCAAUGCCAUGCUCUGCACAUUUCCACGUCGCAACACGCUCAAACGCAAGUCCGAGUACAGCACAUUUCCCGACAUCAACUUCAACAGACUUUAUCAGUCGAGCGGCGCCUCGGUGCUGGAGAAGCUCAAGUGCAUCUUUCACUACUUUCGACGUGUCAGUCCAACGGAACGCGAUGCCAGCAAUGUCCCGCCCGGCUGUGUCACCUUCGUGCGUCUCUGCGGCAAACCCGAGCAGCAAGUGCAAUGGCAUCAGAGCAGCGCCAGCUUGGCGAGCAUUCCGUUGCACGUGAACGCGGGAGGAACCAUUGAGGAUCAGGGCAUUGGCCUGCUGCAGGUGGACUUUGCGAACAUGUAUCUGGGCGGCGGUGUGCUUGGCCAGGGCUGUGUCCAGGAGGAGAUACGCUUUGUCAUCUGCCCGGAGUUGUUGGUCUCCAAACUCUUCACCGAAUGCCUGCUGCCCAACGAGGCGCUGUUGAUGGUGGGCUGUGAACGCUACAGCAACUACACGGGCUAUGCCGGCAGCUUUGUGUGGGAGGGCAACCAUGAGGAUCGCACUCCAUACGAUAGCUCGCGACGUCGUCGGACUGCAAUUGUGGCCAUCGAUGCGCUCAGUUUUGGCAAAACUUCAAAGGCACAACAAUAUCGCGAGGAUCUAAUGUUGCGUGAACUGAACAAAGCUUCCAUUGGCUUCAAGUAUCUGCUGAGUGGAACGACGACGACGCCGCCACCUGGUGUUGCCACCGGCAAUUGGGGCUGCGGUGCCUUUGGCGGUGAUCCGCAUCUCAAGGCCUUGAUACAGCUGAUGGUUUGUGCGCAUCACAAUCGACCCUUGGCUUACUUCACAUUCGGCAAUUGCCAACUCCGCGACGAUCUGCAACAGUUGUGGCAACUGUUUCGCACUCAGAACACAAGCGUGCAACAAUUGUGGUCGGUGUUGAGACGGUUUAAAAAGGAGUCUGGCAGUCGAACGUUGCAGCAAUUUGUACGCGACGAGUUGCAGCGAUUGAAGCCGCAACUUAACGACGAUGACGAUGAUGAACUGGAGCAGGCGAUGUUGCAAUGUGAAGCGGCUGCUGCGGCUGCGGCUGAUGAACAGCAUUCAAAGGCAAAGACAACAACAGAAGCGAAAGCACUAAAGAGUCCCGAUUUACUUGCAGAUGAUUCGUCUGACAAUGACAUUGAGCUGGACGAUGGAGAACAGCUUGACAAAGACGAAGCAGAGCAGGAGCAAGCGAAUGCCAUGAUGUCCGCUGCCAGUCUCGAGAGCAACACAAAUGCAGCCGCAAUUGCUGCGGCGAUUACGGCUGCUGCCAGCACCAGGCAAUUGACACUGCUCGAGAUGCUCGAUCGACACUACGAUCAAGGUCAAGGGCAGCCCAAUGGUGGCUCAAAGCGACAGCAUCAAUCAUCGAUUAGCUCGGACAAGUGCCUGAAAACGCGCAAGGAUUGCAACGAUGGCGAUGCCAGCAGCAGUAACUUUCGAUAAGGGACGAGGCAUUUAUCAUAUUUUUGAUCGUAUGCCGCUUAGCGAGUUGCUGUUAAGUGAAAUUGUGGAUGCACAUCUCGAUUCCCAAGGAUUGCAAUGAUCAAUAGCAGUAAUUUUCCAUAAGAGACGUGACAUCAUAAUAUUAUGUUUAAGUGCGAAUUGUAUGCCGCUAAGCGAGUUGCUGUUAUGUGAAAUCGUGUCGAUGCACACUUCAUUUCUCAAAGAAUGCAACGAUGGCGAUGCCAGCAGCAAUCGUUUCUUAAAAGAGAUGUGACAUUAAUAAUAUUAUCUUCGUAUGCCGCUAAGCGAGUUGCUGUUAAGUGAAAUUGUGGAUGCACAUCUCGAUUACCAAGGAUUGCAAUGAUCAAUAGCAGUAAUUUUCCAUAA